CUCUGCCUCCACGACACCGGCCAGUCGACAGGCGCUAGUCGACCUGCCCUGAUCGGUAUUUGCGGGUUUUUUGUUCUAUCGUUUUCACGCGUACGCACACGAAAAAGUGAUCCUUCCGUCGGUAUUCUGUCGUGUUCAACCAAUUCUUCGAGACGAGGCGUUUUCGCUUGAUUGAUGGUAAAGAGUCAUCAAGCUACAAUCAACUACUUAUAGUGCAAAUCCUGCUUAUCAGAUUCAGUGAAACAUUCUUCGUACCCAUUCAAACACUUCCGAUUGCGAUUAUUGAAGAAAAUGCUCAAAGAGUGACCAGUGCAGUGUGGCAUUUGAUUGGGCUAUUUGCCCAAUGCCUAAGUCAAGUACACUUCCCACCGCAACCUAGAUAAGAUCAAACCAUAUCACGAGGUGAUAAGAGUGAAAAGUACUAUCAAAGCGAUUGAUAAUUUUAAAUAAAACGCCGUUUUCAAAUAAUAUAGAAGUUACCAACGAAGUUACUACCGAAAAAAAAAUCUCCGGAGGAAGAAAUACAUACUGAAGUAGAUAAGAAGAUAACUGAAAGUAACAAACUGCGACGAUAAGAAGACUUUAAGAAUUUCAAUCAAAAAAGGAGUUCAAUCCAAGCAUUACAGAUCAUCACAUCGAUGUUUUAGCUGCCAUGGAGUGGAAUAUUGGGAAAGUCACGAGUUCAUUGCUCCUGCUGUUGACCGCCUUCCUCAGUUUGUCCGCUGCCCAAGAAUCACCUCCAGGAGAAUGGGAUGAGCCGUAUUUCGUUUCCCUUGUGCCAGGCAAGGUCACCAUCGGUCAAUAUUCCACAUCGCUUCGUGAGCUGGACAUUUCGAUGUGGGAGGAAAUUCCGUCUCCGGUUCGAAUAAUGCAGAUUAACUACAAGGGCGGGGACCUGCAAAUCCGGGUUCAACCAGAUCAUAUAGGAGCGCAGCUGGUUCACGAGGACGGGCAUUGGUACUUCAUCGUCAACAAUCGUAUGGACUUUGAACAAGCCGGUCAGCGGCUCUCGGUACUGACACUGGUGGUUGAAAGUGAUGUGCGGAAUUCGUUCACUGUGGCUAUCAACUUGAUCAACAUUUUGGACAAUACCCCAUCGAUGUACAGCGAAGGGCUUUGUAGAAUACCAGAGCACGAAGAAACCUUCCUCUCCAGCUGUACGUACACAGUUCAUCAUGACGACGGUUUCGUACGCAACGAAAUAGAAGGAAUGCAUACAAAUCGGUUGGAUUUUGCUAUGCCUGACGUUGAAGAUACGUUCGAAAUGGUACCAGCAGAUGUAUUUGAUACUUUUAACAAGCAGUACAAAUUAAGCGUUCUUCGAGCACUGGAUUAUGCCCAACAGGCGGUUUAUAACUUUCCAGUCACGGUAUACGACUUGAACCAAACUCACAGCUUCACCCUGAACGUCGUUGUUCAGGUUGAGAACGUCGAGAGUCGUGUACCGAUCUUCACUCGCCCGUUCACUACGCAGCGCAUUUUGGAGAAGACUCCUUUCAGCGCUACGGUCACUGCGAUCGAUGGAGAUACGGGAAUCAACGCCGACAUUUGCUAUUAUUUGGAGACAGAUGUAGCUGCAUAUGCCAAAUACUUCAGCAUCGAACUGGACGAAAGUCGGAAAAAUGGUAUUCUUAAAGUGCAGGAAAUCGAUCGAGAUACGGAGAAAAACGAAUUCUACCAGUUUAAGAUAAUGGCCUACAAGUGUGACAACGAACUGUACAACAUUACCAGUGAGGCGGCUAUCAUUCUCGAAGACAAGAACGAUCACGUACCAACGUUCGAUGUUGAACCGAGUGCUUUGUUUUUCUGGGAAAACACUUUGAUGGAAUUGCCGUUUGAGCGAUUCAACAUCGAAGACAUCGACCUGGGCCUCCACGCAACAUACAACGUCCAUCUACAGGAACGUGUAUCUGGACAAAUAGUCUCUGAAAUAAAAUCUUUCAGUAUCAUCCCGAACAAUGGCUACCAGCAAGGUACCUUCACGAUCACGAUCAUCAACGCAGCACAGUUGGACUACGAGUUACCGGAACGGCGCCAGUUUGACUUGAUCAUCACGGCUACGGAAGUUGCAGACCCAUCGCACACUAGCGAUCAGGUCGUAGACAUUGAACUCCGCAACUGGAACGAUGAAGUUCCAAUAUUCGACAAGGAUAUCUAUGAAGUAGCUAUCGAUGAAACGGUUGGAUCCUCUUAUGACCUGGUAACUGUGACGAUUACCGAUCGAGAUGUUGAUGACGCCGUAGAGCUUCGCAUUCUAAGUCGCAACGGUGAAUAUCUGACUAUUACACCCGUGGAUACCACCGAGCAGAACUUCCCUGUGCCAACGUUCGUUUUCAAAAUUAGCACUGCUAAGGACGAAAUUUUCGAUUACGACGUAGCAAAGGAGGUUAUCGUUCAACUGGAAGCGAAGGAUACGCUGCAAACUGCUAAGCAAGAACCGAUUCAUCAGGUUUUCUCGCAGGUUGUGAUCAAAGUGCGGGACAUCAACAACAAACCACCGUCGAUCACUGUGCCCCGUGGAAGAAUGCACAUCGAAGAAAACUCAGAACCCGGUACGCUAGUGAAAAUUGAAGGUUCCGAAGAGGAUGCGAUUCUGAUCGGAACGGAUCCAGACACUACAGCUCAACUAAAGUUUAGCAUCGAUUGGCAGAGUAGCUACGCCGUUAAAACAGGAGAACCGGUAGAUCCGGAAGUUUUCGAAGAUUGUUUGAUCAUUGACGUGGAUUCCACCGAUCAUAACCGCGUGACCGGUAGGAUUCGUGUAAAUCCGGAGCUGAACCAAAGUACGAUCAAUGAACGGUUGGACUACGAAACCUACGAGACGCUGUUUCUAACGGUUCGAUUGGUCGACGAGAAACAAGUCAUCCCUCCGGGAGACACAGAAGCUAUUAUAGUGAUUCAGAUCGGCAAUGUCAACGACAACGAACCGGAGUUCGUAGGAAACACUCUGGAUGUAGAGCGAGUUGUGUUGGAGGAGGCCGACAGGGGUACCAUUGUCGGUACCAUUGCAGCCAUUGAUCGAGAUGGAGACCCGAUCACCUACUCGAUUACCCCAAAAAACCCUAAUCAUGAAGGAUGGAUUGCCAUUGCGUCUACCGGAAUGCUAACCGUAGAUGCUUCGGAAAAACCUAUUGACUGCGACGUACCGAUCAUCCAAGAAAUUCCUCUCGAAGUCACUCUUUUCGACGGACUCUACACUACCAAAGGAUCCAUCGCCAUCAAGAUAACUGAUACGAAUAACAAAGUCCCUUCCUUAAGUUCAACAGUACCUCCCGACGUGGAGAUCUUCGAAAAAUCCCCAUCCGAAACGGAAGUCCUUCAGUUGAAUGUCCAGGAUCUGGAUCGCGAAGCGCAGUUCCACACGGUUGCGUUCGAGAUCGAUUACAAAACGUUUCCGGAAUUGCAGAAGUUCUUCGACGUCGAGCGGCUGGUUGACAAUUCGGGCGAGCGGUUGAACCAAACGGGCUUGGUCCGAGUGAAGCCAAACAAUGACGUUCUGGAUCGUGACCUGGGGACGGCUCGUUUCACGAUCAACGUCAAGGGCUACGACAAUCCGAACGGGUUCGGGCGCCAGAACCCCAUUGAGGCUAGCUUUACGUUGAUCUUGCUGGAUGUCAAUGAUCAUGAACCGAGCAUGCCCGUGCUGACGGAUCUACAGCUUUCAGAGGACGCCACGAAGGGAGCAGUACUAGUGGAUCGGUUUGAAGCGACCGAUUUGGACGACCGCAGUACACCGAAUGCGAAGAUCAACUAUCGGAUAGUGGACAUCAAGGCAGCUGGUGACAAUUCCCCGGAGGCUGUUGACGGCAUGAACCACCACCGACAACAGCUGCAAGAGCAGGAGCAACAAGACCAAGACGAUAGCACCGAUGACCUCUUCACCCUUUCCAGGCUGGACGAUUAUGUGACCCGGCUCACAGUGGGACAGGAUCUGAAAACUUUCUACGGUCGCUGGACGAUUCAGAUUGAGGCUUGCGACCGAGGAGACGAGUACGACCGGUUGCCGGACAGUCCCCGGCUGUGCAGCAACGCCACCUACACCGUGCAGGUUCAGCCGGUCAACUACAUGGCACCGAAGAUUGAAUUUCCCACAGAUGACGAACGGAUUCGAUUGAAGUUCGAGUCGCUAACCAACGGGCAGCCACUGGUCGAUACGCAGGGCAACACGAUACAGAACUUCCGGGCCAUCGAUACGGACGGGGGCGACUUCGGGAUUGUCAGCUUUAGCCUGCAAAGCCAAGACGCUUCCCAGGAACCCCAGGAUCAUGUGUUCUUCCAGCUAACGACAAUCGACAAGCAUACGGCGAGACUGGAGCUGGCCAACGCCGGUGCAAUCCAAGCUCGGUCCUAUCGGGUAACUGUCCACGCCACCGACGGCGGCGGAAGAUCAUCCGAACCGGUUAAUAUAAUAAUCGCUUUCAUCAACAUGACCGGCGAACCGGAAUUCCAGCCGGAGGAUUCACCCUGGGACACUGAUUUCACAGAAAACGAAGAGGGUUUGGAAGAAUCACGAACAAUCCCGGAGGCGAUAGAUCCGAAGAACGCUGAACUACCGCCUGGAGAGCAGAGCAAUGUGUUCUACUUUAUCGAUGAAUCCUACGGCAGCGCGAGCCACCUAUUCCAGCUGGAAAAGGAAUGCCGAAUUCUCCGCCUGACGCAGGAGCUCGACCGCGAGGAAAUCGCCUCGCACGAAAUCCGCAUCAUUGCUACUAACAACGCCAAUGGUCCAACCACACCCCUUGCGCCGGACUCGCGCUCUGAGCUGAUCGUCCGCAUCAAGGUCAACGACGUCAACGAUAACCCGCCCAAGUUUCGUCAGCCCUCGUACUCGGCCGGUAUCACCGUCAACGACUACCCGGGCAAGAUCCUGUUCGAAGUGAUCGCCGACGAUCCGGACGAAGACGACGUGAUCAGCUACUCGAUCGACGAAACCUCACUGCAAACCCAUGGCGAGAAUCUUCCGACGAGCCCGUUCCCGUUCGCGAUAAGCCGUGAGGCUGGACAGUUAUCACUGGGCGUGCAGAUUCAGGACCGCAUGAAGGGACACUUUAACUUCAGGAUUGUAGCCACGGAUUUGGUCGGUCACACCGAUACGGUACAGGCCAAGAUCUACAUCAUAGCUGAGUCCAAUCGCGUCAAAUUCGUGUUCCUGAACAAUCUCGAUGACAUCAACACUCCAGAGAUGCGAGAAUUCCUGAAAUCUGAAUUCACCACGCACUACGAUAUGGAAUGCAACAUAGACGAUGUAGUUCAGGGAACCAUCGAAGAAGGACGUGCUGCUGGGGAUCCGGUAACGGAUGUUCGAGCGCACUUCAUUGAGAACGAUGAAGCCGUUGAAGCGGUUGUCAUUCAACAACGUUCCAACGACCGAGUCUUCGUAACUAAUCUGAAAACGGCUCUGUCCUUGCGGCAGCUCUUCCUGCAGGAUGUCCCGGUGACAAGCAUAACCGAACAGGUGGAAAAGAGUGAACUUCUGCAAACGAUUAUGAUUGUGGUAGCCUCGGCCUUGGCCAUUCUUUGCGUCAUCCUGCUGGUAGCCUUCUGCAUCAAGAUACGCAGUCUCAAGCGGGAGCUGAAGGCCAUGUCGGCUACCGACUUCGUGUCGAUUGCAUCCGAUAUGAACAUUGCCGGUGGAGGCGGAAGGAAAGUGCCGACCACCAAUGUAUUUUCCGUGGAAGGUUCCAACCCGGUGUUGAACAAUCGGGAGUUCACCCAAGGGGCGUACGAUGAUGUAAGCGUACAAUCCUACGAAUCGGACUUUAUCGGAAUCGACAAUGACUUGUUUGCCAACAACAGUCAGCAGAAGGAUGACGGACUAAACCCCGCCCUGCUGGACCACAUCCGGCAGCGGUCGUUAAACCCGAUGGUGAACAGUGCCAAUAAUGGUGCGGACGAGGAAGCCACCACAAAGCCUGAAGUUCCGGCACGACGGAAGGCGGACAACAACGAAGAUGAACUUACACAUCGAUUCUAGGCUAUAAAAUUUGUUCUGGAAUGAGUGGGGAUAUUGUAUAAGUAGGAGUUAACUGGACCAAUAUUUGAAAAUGUCGGAAAAAACGUUUGAAAGCAUUAUUUAACUUCUCCAACAAAUCCAAGUCAUAUUUUUAGUUAUUCAUGCCAACUCAUCAACAGAAAGUCAAACGUCGGUUCUCUUUAUCCACUAGGUAGAUUUUAUGACUGUAUCAAAACACGCCAUUAUUUGUAGGAUAAGCACAAGUGUACAAUUGUUGUUUCCCCCUGUUCAAAUGUUGGUCCAGAAAUUGCAUUGUAAAACCAGAAGCGUCAGGAAAUCAUGUUACACUGUUCGUUCAUCCAUUGUACAACAUAUUUUGAUGUUCCUCUCAGGACCCUUCGCAGAUGUGCUGGAUUCAGGAGUGAUGUUCUUGCCCAUGUUGUUAGCUGGAAUCGAUGGGUUCUGCGGAGGAAAACAUAAAAUAGCACAUGAUCUUAUAUUUAACUAGAGGUUUACGAUUUUUAUUGUUAUUUCAUAUUUAUACGACUGCAUCACAGGGAGAAUUAUAAAACGAGAGUAACAUGAGUAACGAUGA